UUCCUCCACUAGGGGGCUGUGUGACGCUUCUCUUUCUUGCUAGGUUUCGCAGGCGGGCGCUACCAACCUUGAGCUAGCAACAUUUACUCAGUUCAGUCAAUAUGUCGUUUUGUUUUAAUUUCAGCAUUCCAGAAGACCCCAAAACAUCAGCUGGCUUUGAUGAGAAGGAACUCCAGAAAGAAAAAACAGGCGAAAAAGCUGAGCGCAUUGAAGACAAUACAAGUCCAGAUGAUCCAGUAAAAGAGGCCAAAGAACACUUUCCACCACCCAACCCGCAGCUCCUUCUCACCGAUGCUGUCUUUGAAACAGUCACCAUUGGAUCACUUCCGUCCCUGCACUUCCUCAACGAGACGGUUUUUGAGAAAACCAUCUCGGAAAGAGAGGACACGGAGAAAAUCCUGUCCAGCAGCAAAGAGCAGAAGUCCGAUCUCAUCUCAGGAGUGUAUGAAGGAGGCCUGAAGGUGUGGGAGUGUACAUAUGACCUCCUGGAGCAGAUUGAGAACAAUGGCGAAACCUUCAGGGACAAGGCCGUUUUGGACUUGGGCUGUGGCGCUGGACUUUUAGGAAUACUGGCUUUAAAGAGAGGAGCGAGACAAGUCCACUUCCAAGAUUAUAACAGCACCGUUAUCGAACAGCUAACUGUGCCAAAUGUUAUACUAAACUGCCAAGAAGAUGAGGAGGGGGAGAAAAACGACAUUCAAGGUAGAGAUGGUUGUGAAAAAGAAGUAGAAGAGAUUGGCAAUCCACCUCCCAAGAAAAGAGCUACAGACAUGCCUCAACACACAUUACUGAGGAGGUGUUUUUUCUUCUCUGGGAACUGGAGGACAUUUCUUCCGUUAGUUCUGACGAAAGAACCACAGCCCAAGUUUGACAUCAUUUUCACCUCAGAGACGAUCUACAACACUGCCUAUUACCCUGCUCUUCACGAAGCCCUGCAGAAGCUGCUGGCAUCAAAUGGCCUGGUCUACCUUGCCACUAAAUCCCACUACUUUGGUGUCGGCGGUGGGCUUCAUUUGUUUGAGACUUUUGUAAAAGAGAAAGGGGUUUUCUCACUGGAUCACUUAUGGGACGGAGAAGAAGGACUCCAGAGACAUGUAGUAGUACUGCGCUUCAAAAAAUAUGUCUAACAGGGAUUUCCUCCUUUCAGUCUAUAUAAAAAUUUGUUGUUUUAAAAUAAAGGUUUAUUUAAAAAAAAAAAGAAA